UGCGCAGUAGGAGUUCCUGACCAAACGCCGGGUGUAAAAAAGGUGGAACAGCGAGACCAAGGUUACUAGGCUUGUGUGAUAGCUGGAGCGAAGUUUAUACAUUUUCUUUUCUUAUUUGUUGAGUGUUAUGAGAGCUUGAAAAUGGCACAGAAAGAUACGUUUUUACAUCUGUUCGCUGGAGGGUGUAGCGGUACGGUUGGAGCCAUCGUGACCUGCCCAUUGGAGGUGCUGAAGACCAGGCUGCAGUCUUCGGGGCUCACCCUCAGACCCGUGUUCCAGGUCCAGUUGGGAACUCUGAAUGGUGCCGGUGUGAUUAGACCCGCAUCCAUGACGCCAGGUCUGCUGCAAGUCUUGAGGUCAAUUUUGGAAAAAGAGGGAUCGAGAUCUCUUUUCCGAGGCCUGGGACCAAACCUUGUAGGAGUGGCGCCUUCGAGAGCCAUUUACUUUGCUGCAUAUUCCAAGUCGAAGGAGAAGCUGAACAGGGUCUUCAUUCCCAACAGUGGGCUGGUGCACAUGUCCUCAGCUGGCUUUGCAGCCUUUGUUACAAACUCCUUGAUGAACCCUGUAUGGAUGGUGAAGACCAGAAUGCAACUGGAAAAAAGGGCGCGAGGGGAGAAGAAGAUGAACGCGCUGCAGUGUGCGCGGCACGUGUACAGGACGGAGGGCGCGCGCGGCUUCUACCGCGGCCUGACGGCGUCGUACGCCGGCAUCUCCGAGACCAUGAUCUGCUUCCUCAUCUACGAGACGCUGAAGAAGCACCUGGCCGACAGCCGGCUCCUCUCGCACGGCAGCGGGAACAACAAGGGCGCGUCGGACUUCCUGGGCCUCAUGGGCGCCGCCGCCGUUGCCAAGGGCUGCGCCUCCUGCAUAGCCUACCCACACGAGGUGAUCCGCACGAGGCUAAGAGAAGAGGGCAGCAAGUAUAAGCACUUCUUCCAGACGGGGCGGCUGGUGUUCAUGGAGGAGGGCUACGCCGCUUUCUAUAGAGGACUGAUUCCGCAGCUCAUCCGACAGAUUCCCAACACAGCCAUCGUGCUCUCUUCCUACGAGCUCAUUGUCCACCUGCUAGGCGAUGGCUCCCAUUGACAGGAAGGAGGCUCCUCUGAUAGCUGAUUGGACUGAAUGGGAGCUGGAAAGAGGACUUCCUGCUCGCCAGCUACAUCACAUGCAGGACAAUUAAAAGUGUUCCAAGAGGAGGACAGUGGCCACUCCUUUUUCAGACGCAUCUGUAGGAACGCUUCCUGGAAGGGACAAUGACACAGAAUUGUAUGUUGUAAAUUUAUGUAAGGAAAAAAAUAUUUAUUUUCAUUUAUUUCUUAUUUUGUUUGUUUGUUUGUUAAAUAUCCAAAGGAAAUGGGUUUACCACUUUGAGAACAAAAUCUAUUUAAAAAUAUGCCAAAAUAAUGCACAUAAUUGAAGGAAACACCGAAGAUUGUUUGUUAGAGGCCACCACAAAGAGCACUGCACCCUGAAUAUAAAUAAUAAUCUGUCUGUCUAUCAUGUAGCAAAAUGUUUGGACAUUAAAUCGGAUGCAAGAUCGUGUGAGUAAAAUGGCCUUUACUCUGAUUGGGUUCAACAGUUUGCUCACAUGGUAAAUAUUCACGUUCUUCCUAUGGGGAUGUUUGUUUAGUUCAGAACACUUGAAGCUGAUUAACCUGUUCGUUCAGGACCUCAACCACACGGGUACUACCUGGAAUUUAAUUUAAUCUGUGACCGUUUUUGUUUGCUCUUUAUCCCUGAUGUUUUUUGAUAACAAAAAAUAAAUAAUUUUAUAUUACACAAAA